AGAGUGUAAAUAAUAGUGUGAGCCGUAAUAAAUAAAUUAAAAAAUAAAUAAAAGUGACAAUUAACUGUCGGUAAAUAAUAGCUAAUUGAGUAAAGAAAUACGUAAGACUAGGCACUAUGGUCGUAAGACUAUAGCCUGUCCUCUAAGGACGAUGGAAUAAAAAGUGAUACUUACUGCUAAUUGUCAAUUGACUGGUCAAUUGACAGAAUUGAGUCGAGCAUCUUGGCAAUAUUUACGUUUUCAUUUCAUUUUCUUCAACAAACACUAGUGUUUUAUUGUAAUUUAGAUACGAAUUAUCUACAAAAUUAAUAAUAUUUAACACGCUAAUAACAUGUUUUCAUAAUUGUGCCGUUGCAUGGGCACCUAACAUUAAUUGCUUUUUUAAAUCGCAUCAUUAAUACUAUAUUACAUACAUAUGUAAAUAAUACAUUAUUCUGUAAGUCCUUAAGUAACCACAGGCUCGUUACUUGUCAGAAUUAUUGUGCAAGUAAUAAACCGUAUUUACACUGUUUGCCUAUAUAUUUCUUGACGUUGAAAAGUGAUUUCAUGGUUUAAUUUAAAAUUCAUGCAAAUUUCAUCUUAAAGAUACAUUUGUUAUACAUAGAAAAUGAUUAUUUUCCUAACCGAGCUACAAAAACAACAUCUUGGUGUAUUACAUCAACGUUCCAUACAAGUAUUAGUAGAUUUCUGUAAACUAGCAUUGGAUUUUUUGAAUAAUGGGCCUAAUUUUAAAAAGUAUACAAUUGCUGCAGAAAAAUUGAGUAUGAGUAUAACUGAUGUACAAAAUGUUAUACAUGCAUUGGUACAUCUUAUUGUUGAAGGUUGCGAACAUAAUCUAUCAGAAUCGGACUUCAAAUCAUCCUUGGCAAUAGCUGGAUUCUCUAAUGAACAGCAAGAAGUGUUAUUAAAAUUUUAUAUCACAAAGAAAAUAGAGUUAUCUGAAGCAUUGUAUUUACUCAAGCAAAAAGAUCCUACAUAUCAGGAUUUUAUGUGGCGGUUCGAAGUCCAGAUUGCAUCAAAGAAUAAAAGUGAUGAAAUCAAGCCUACAAUAACAUUAAAUUUUGUAACUAUGACAUCAAAACAAUAUAGCGAGAUCAAAGAAGAUAAGAAAGACAAUAGAUCAACAAAAUCUGUAAUAGAUACAAGUAUACAGGAGUCUAAAGCGGCAAACCAUUGUCAACAUGUAAUCACUCAUAAUUUGGUGCAAAGCGACAUACCAAACUUAAUUCAUCUUACAAAUAAGUUGGAACAAGCUUUAAAGGAAUCAAAGAGUCAGCAUGUCCGCAAAGUACAAAGAUCAUUGUAGGUAACAUAUUCCUAAAAUACAAUGUAUUACAAUUAUAUUCAAUAUAAAUUUUAAUAUAUAGUACAGAA